AUGACCCCAGCUACAGCAUCCUGGGGUUAUUGUGACCCCAGCUACAGCUUCACAGGUUAUCUUGACCCCAGCUACAGCUUCCUGGGUUAUCUUGACCCCAGCUUCAGCUUCCUGGGUUAUCAUGACCCAAGGUACAGCUUCCUGGGUUAUCAUGGCCCCAACAAAAGCUUCCUUGGUUAUCAUGAUCCCAGCUACAGCUUCCUUGGUUAUCUUGACCCCAGCUACAGCUUCCUGGGUUAUCUUGACCCCAGCUUCAGCUUCCUGGGUUAUCAUGACCCAAGGUACAGCUUCCUGGGUUAUCAUGAUCCCAGCUACAGCUUCCUGGGUUAUCAUGACCCCAGCUACAGCUUCCUGGGUUAUCAUGAUCCCAGCUACAGCUUCCUGGGUUAUCAUGAUCCCAGCUACAGCUUCCUGGGUUAUCAUGACCCCAGCUACAGCUUCCUGGGUUAUCAUGACCCAAGGUACAGCUUCCUGGGUUAUCGUGACCCCAGCUACAGCUUCCUGGGUUAUCAUGGCCUCAGCUACAGCUUCCUGGGGUUAUCAUGA